AUGAAGCUCUCCUAUAUCGUGGCCGGUUUGUCUGCUCUCUACGGCGCUGAGGCAGCAACCGAGUCUACAAUUACCUGCAGCGCCUGUCCACCGCCUUCGUCGAUGAACGACAUCGUGACGCGCUCUGCAGUAACUACACCUUCGUGCUCUGGUGCUUCAUUCACCAUUAUCUCUAGCCAACCUGGGACGAGCUCUACCGCUGUUGCACCCACAGGCACCAGCACUGCUACUGGAACCGGCACUGUGCCUGUCUCUAGUGGUAAUAGGAACAUCGCCGCUGGUAUGGCAGGCGUACUCGCUAUCGCAGCGGUGGCUUCGUACUUGAUAUAA